GGCCUCGCGGGGCCGGGGGCCGGGGGAGGGCUGAGGCGGUCGCGCUCUCCUGGAGGCACGAGGGGCUGACAAUGAGGAUGUCGGGGAGUCCCGGAGCGAACAGAAUGACUUCUGAAAAUACCAUUUCUGAGGACUAUGUUGUUGGCCAGGUGGCAGGCAGCCUGUUUCAGAAAAAAAAGACAAAGAAGAAAGCAAACUCACUGGCCUCUCUCUUCAGUAGCCCAGCCACAGCUGCUAAACCAAUAUUCCUCCCUGUUCAAGAAAGCAAUGUGGGUGGUAGAAAAAGAAGGUUUAGUGAGGAGUCUGACACAGAGAAGAUCAACAAGCAAAAAAAGUUGAAAAAAGUGGGACCUCCUGUACAGAAGGUUCUGAAAGCUGCUGAGAGGAGGCUGGCCGAGCGGGAGCGUGCCCUGAGCACUGCUGAUGAAGAGGAUAAACAGGUCAAAAACACCAAACAGAAAAAAAAUAAGAAACGUGCUUUGGGAUCAAAAAGUGAGACGAGUACAGGAGAUGGAGAGACAGUCCUCACAGGGCUGCAGCCUGAGAAAGGAACCAAACCGCGAGCCAGAAAAAAGGCCACUAUCCAGCCAAUAGAUAGAAUAAAAAACAAAAGAACUUUGUUUGUAGGGAACCUGCCUUCAGACUGCACUAAACAGAUGCUUGUGUCGCUAUUCAAGGAGUUUGGGGCUAUAGAGUCUGUGCGAUUCCGUUCUUUGGCACGUGUGGAGCCCAGCAUCUCCAGAAAACUGGCAACAAUACAGAGAAAUGUUCACCCAAAGAGGAGGAACCUCAAUGCCUAUGUAGUUUUUAAAGUGGAAGACGAUGCAGUAAAAGCUGUGAAAAGGAAUGGACAUGAAAUAAAAAAGGGAUUUCAUAUUCGUGUCGAUCUGGCCUCCAAGUCAAAUGUCCACAAUCACGGAAAAUCUAUCUUUAUUGGCAACUUGUCAUAUGAGAUUGAAGAGGAUGAAGUGCGGCAGCAUUUUUCUGACUGUGGUCCUAUUGAGUCUGUUCGGAUUGUGAGAGACAGAGAGAGUGGAAUGGGGAAAGGAUUUGGAUAUGUUCUCUUUCAGGUGAGGCUAAAUACAGUCGUACCCCAUUAUUACAUACUUCAUUAUAAUGCAGGUUGGCUUAUAGCUGGAGUAGAGUGUGGACCCUGACAUUCAGUUACUGAAAAAUCCAAAUCGUGAGCAGAACA